AUGCCUGCACCUUCAUGGCCAGUGUCUACACUUCGCCCUGCGGAUCUUUUGUCUAGACUACCAAGAGAGCUUCGAGACAAAAUCUACACCGACGCUGUAGAUGUCCAUGGUUCCAUAGGGUUCACGGAAGAUCUGUUGCCGCAUGUCCCACCGAUCUUACGCGAAGACACAAACUUACUUCCUGAGGCACUAGAAAUUCUGGUCAGAACGAAAGUCUUCAAUUGGAACUGGAACAAUCCACAGGUAGCCGCACUCGAAUCGACAAGCGUCUGCGUCAAUCCCUGCGACAUCCGACAGCUCGACAUUACAUGCUCCGAGCAUUUGCCCAGCUUCGAAGACUCCAAUUUCGAGGUCCUGAAUCAGCAUGAGAAAACUUAUCGACGCACUGAUUCUCGCGUCCGGUGGGAGCAAUUGCUGGACUUUCCUCGUUUACAAAAGCUGGCCAUCUACAUGCAGAAAACAGGAGACUGCUCGCUCAAUACGCUCGACUUCGGUCCAAUAAUGUACGCUUUGCGUGCGAGGAAGCCAGACAUCAACAUUACGUUCUACCUGUCUUUCGACACAAUCUUGAAGGAAUACUGGGAAGAUCCAAUGUGGGGAAACCCUGCUGAUGCUGGGCCAGGCUCGUACAAACCUAUGGGUUAUGUUGAAAUGAGCGAUCUAGUUGCGCCUGCCACCCAAAAGGAUCUCGACUACGUCCAAGAAUACCUGCCUAGACACCUUAAUAUAUGGCGAAUGCCCGGUCAUAGGAGUAUCAAGCAAGGAUUGUUGGAUGAAACCCCGGCGGAUCGUCGUGCAUUAGCGGAGCAUUAUGCAGUUCAAGAGCCUGCACUACUGCGGUACCAAAUGCGAGAGCACUUCGAGCUAUACCAGAAACCUCGAGAAAGCACUGCAGAGGAGACGAGCACAUGA